GCCAAACAGCUCAUCGUACAGCAGCCAAACAGGACUCUUAGUAAGUGUGCGUCCUACCAGGGAAGGCACGCUGUCCUUCACGCUUACGGAAAAAGCAUAAACCACUCUGCUUUGAGGCAGUUUCCGGCCCUGCAAAUGUGCGCUGUUAGAAGUAAUUAUCAGUGACUAUUUAUUGAGUUUGAGCAAAGCAAUGCACUAAACAAGGGAGACAAAGAGCUGAAAAUGGCAAAAAGAGAAAAAGAUGACCAUGAAGCAUUUCUUUCUCAGUCUUCUUUAUCACCCUUGACUAGAGCCAUGGAGGUAUCACAGCAGAGCAAUGCUGAAGGCACCUUCAAUGGAGAUACCAUUCACCUAAUUUACAAAUAUAUUUCCAAAGAUCUACCAAGAAUCAUGUGGGAGGUUGUUGGGAGAGAGAAGGAUGCAAGUUUCCAUAAAGGAUGCCAAUGCUCUUAUCAGGAGACAGAGGGACAAAUGGAUCUGUUUGCCAGCAUACAAAAACAAGAGUUUAUGUCAUCCCAGGCAAAAGCAGUUAUUAAAACUAUGGAAGAUUAUUUGCAACCUCAGUUUGGCCCCAACAGACUUUUGCAUUCAGCAGCAGUAUCAGAAGGGUCAGGACUUCAAGAUUGCUCCACACAUCAAACAGCAUCAGAUCAUAGCCAUGAUGAAAUAUCAGACCCAUAUAGCUACAAAUCAAACAGUAAAAACAAUUCUUGUUUUAUAUCAGCAUCCAAGAGAAACAGACCUGUCAGUGCUCCAGUGGGUCAACUGAGAGUUGCAGAGUUCUCUUCUUUAAAAUUUCAGCCAGCCCAGAAUUGGCAUAGACUGUCUCAUAAACAGAAACUUCAUCCCAGAGUGAUUACAGUAACAGCUUACAAAAAUGGAUCUAGGACGGUCUGUGCCAAAGUUACGGUACCAACCAUCACCUUGUUGCUGGAGGAGUGCACAGAAAAGCUGAAUCUGAACAUGGCCGCACGACGAGUGUUCUUGGCAGACGGUACUGAAGCCCUCAAACCUGAAGAUAUACCCCAUGAAGCCGACGUUUAUGUUUCAACAGGAGAGCCCUUUUUAGAUCCAUUCAAAAAAAUUAAAGACCAUCUGUUGUUAAUGAAGAAAGUAACUUGGACAAUGAAUGGGCUGAUGCUUCCUACUGAUAUUAAAAGACAGAAAACCAAGCCUGUUCUUUCUGUUAGAAUGAAGAAACUUAGUGAGAAGACCUCGGUCCGAAUUCUGUUCUUUAAGAAUGGCAUGGGACAAGAUGGGCAUGAGAUUACAGUGGGAAAGGAAACAAUAAAAAAGGUUUUAGAUACUUGCACAAUGAAAAUGAAACUAAAUUUACCAGCCAGAUAUCUGUAUGAUUUGUAUGGCAGAAAAAUUAAAGAUAUUUCAAAAGUUCCUCUGCUUGAAAAAUGCCUGCAAAAUUCCAUCACACCUUUGCGGGGACCAGUUUGGGUCUCUAAGGGAGAAGGUUUCAGCCCCUCAGGAGCUAAGAUGUACAUCCAAGGAGUUCUUUUGGCCUUGUACCAACGACUAAAGUCUGCAAAAAAAUAUUAUACACAGUUGAACCUGGCUGUAGAUGAACAGAAAGAGAAAAUUACUGAAAAAGUAAUUCUUUCAAUGACAGCAAAAGAAUACCAUAAGGCACAAGAAGAAGUGAGCAGGCUGAUUGAUGAAUUGCAGACAGCUAUCAAAAGCAACAGAGGUCAUCUCUCUAAACUUGGCCCCCAAUUACAGGCUGAGCAGGAGCAAUUCUCCUCUUAUGUCUACCAACACAUUAAAAGCCUUCCAGCAAACACUGUUAUCCCAGGAGGCCUGCAGCUCAAGAUAUUUGAAAAUGGUAAAGACACUGGAGAGGUCUCUGUCUGCAUCAGCAAAAAAGACCUGGAGUCUAAUAGCCCAUUUCAAACUGGCGACAUGAUGGAAAAUUUACUUCUCAAGAUUCAUCAAAGGUUUCAAGGCUCUCCCAUCAACCCAUCAGGCCUCAAUUUUUCUUCAAUCCGGCUUUUUGAUGAGCAUGGUCAAGAAAUUAAGAAUCCACUUUUGCUGAAGAAUGAGCAAAAAAUUUGGGUGUCUUAUGGUAAAGCGUACAGAUCUCCACUUAACCCUGUUUUGAGUCUCACCUUUGACCAGGUGACUACAUUCGACAGAGAUGGCAUUACUGUUGCGUAUAAAACCUCCUUGGAUCCUAAUGCUGUUCUGCUACCUGGAUGUGACAAUUGGGAAGUUUGUGAAGGAUUUCCAAUUAAUUCCAGUGGUGCCAAUCAACCGAUACCUGAUCAAUUUGAAAAGGUGGAUUUGGAGGACCAUUUCCUACAGAACAAGGUGGAUCCCAAUAUUGUCCUUCAUGCCACUGUUUCCAUCAGAAGGCGGAGCUCCUCAUCUAGGGAAGCGAGCCAGGGAGGUCAGACAGUGCCUUCCAUCCUGUCGCCUGCAGCCAGUGUGUGGCUGAUUACGAAGACUGGAAUGAUCCUGAGCCGGGUGAUAACGCAGGGCUGCCUAGCUAUUGGUCAUCCAAUCAGAGUCAAGGCUGCUGAGGGAACAUCACUAGAAGGGUAUAAAUUAAUCCUACAGAAAAGACAUAAAGGAGAUAAUUCUCAGAAGUGGGUGUUUGGAACUGACAGCUGCAUUUAUUCUAAGGCUUAUCCUCAGUUUGUUCUGACCUUCCUAGAGGAGCUAACUGCGCAAGUGGAUGUGACCCAGACAGAGUAUCACAUUCACCAUGGUGCCCGGACUACAACUCAUCAGGAACAUGGUAGCAGCUUAACAGAAGAGGUUCUGCAAAAAAGUGCCACCGUCCCUGGUCUGAAGCAACUGCCAGAACCUUCAGACACCCACUUAAUGCCAGAAGGUUCUCUUGGGGAGACAAGGCAGCUGACAGUGGCACUGGUGAGGAAACUGGAAGAGAAACAUCCUAAGGCUUCUGCUCAGAGGUGGGCCAUAAAACAUGAAGGAACUAAUAAGCCGGGCCAGUGGAAACAUUCCAGGGUUGAAAAUCCUCUCUGGAACAAGCUUACCUACAUGUGGCCAGUUCUUCCCAGUGGCCAACUUAAUGAGGAGUUUGAUUGGCCAAUAGAAGGACUGCUUAUUCCAAACAGUCCUCCCAUGAAGAGAUCCACCUGUAAGACCCCGGAGGUGUGUGUCCCUGUGAGGCUUAGAGUUUUGCGGAAUGGAGACAAGAAUAAAAGCAGAGCCUUUGUUAUUAUUGGUCCAGACAUCUCACCUGGACAGAAAAAGCAAAAUGUUGACGCUGAAAAGAAAAAGAAUGUGGAAAACCACAUUACUAAAUAUUCUGAAACAGAAACAACCCAGUCUGAAUUUCAUCAACUUUUGGAGAGGUGCACUGAAAUUUUAAAUUUACCUUCUGCAGCUCGGAGAUUGUUCGAUGAAAAGGGAAGGGAAAUCUUUGCCCUAAAAGACAUUCAAAGGGAUGAACUGGUAUAUGUUUCAUGUGGAGAACAUUGGAUCAAUCCUGAUGUGUCCAUUGCUCAGCAAAAGAAGCAAAUCUUCCUGAGGAACUUAGCAUCAGAUAUUUCUAAAAUUCAAACUUUCUGCAGUAUACAUAAGAUAGAGGCUCUUGUUUUAGAAGUCCAAAGUGACAUUGUGUCUGGAGCCAAGCUUGCUGUGCAUAAACCUGUAGCAAUUUUUGGAGAAGAGAAGCAAAUUAGAGGACCAAAGGAAAAGCAAAUGCAAGAAAAUGCUUUAACAACAGAAAAUGCUUCCAGUGAAAUUCUAGAUUCACAUGCAAGAACCCAUCUCCGAAUGAAAGCUUGUCACACGCUUCUCAGGUAUGCCUGGCAGGAAACUCCUCAUGACUUUGAUGAGGAUGACAGUCUUCCAAAGAAAAUGGAAGAGGAACUCUUUGAAAAUGUGGAACCACAGAAGAAAUACAGCUAUUCUCCAAAGCAGAGUAAAUUGCAGAAGCUUUGCCACCAGCAGUUUGAAUACAGAGAUGGGCAAAUUAUAAGCCAUGCUGCCCCUCAGCUAGUUUUGGGAGUGCAAGGUCCUGAUCUGCGUUCAGGCAUGGAGGUAGUUUUGGUGGAGAAAAAAGUGGAUGAUAGUCAUCAGCGAUGGAUGCACAAGGAAGACAGCAGGACCUUUCACCUGGUGAGUAACCCAGACCUUGUGCUGGCAGUAUCAAUGACCAAAACAAGAAAUGAAGUCUGUGGCUCUCCAGUUAUUGUUCAGAAAUAUAAACCCUAUAACAAUGGGACAUCCAAUCAAAAGUGGAAUUAUGUGGAAAAUAUCAAAGCUUUUGUGGCCUUUCACAGCACUGUACUGGAUAAGGAGAUCACAGCAGCAAAUUAUGCUGGUAUUUGUACAUCCUCUGUGAUUAAAGGGGAAAACAUUGAUCAACCAGGAUACUAUUAUCUCUCCCCCACUGGGAAGAAAAAAACAAUGCUCUGCUUAGCAUGUGGACAAUCCAUGAGAGCAGAGAAGGGGCUGAAACAGUUGCUUCCAGGGCUGCCAUUCCUCUGUGCCUCAGGCUCCAAGAUCCAGAAACCAUUCUCACGAGGGCCUUUCAAGGUCAUCAGUGUGGCAGAGGCUGAUUUAUCUUCUUGUGAGGCUGAGAAAACACUCAGUUAUUAUGAAGAACGUCUAUUAUCUUUACGGAUGAAGACCUGCACGCGAGUUGUAUCUCAUAGUGGUACAGCAGCUUUGCACCAGAAGGCAGUGAAAAUAAUUGCAUACAAAAAUGGAGAUGGAUAUCGAAAUGGGAAGUUAAUUGUGGCUGGAACAUUCCCCACACUUCUUACAGAAUGCACAGAGCAACUUGGUCUCACCAGAGCAGCCUCCAAAGUAUAUACCAAAGAUGGAACCACAGUCCUUUCCUUACGUGAUUUGGUUUUAUGGGCUCUAGAUGAAUCUUUUAUCCAGAGAAACACUGAGAAACAAAAGAAAGAGACAGCCCCUGUUCAAGCAAAGGAGACAACUAUUAAAAGUAUGAAAGAAAACCCAAGAAUGAAAAUGAAAACCAAAUCAGUUCCAAAGUCUGUGAUAUCUGACAGUUUGGAUGGUAUAGACAAGUCUUUGCUCACUUUCAUCCUCAGAAAUCCCAUUGCCAUCUGGGUAUCUUGCGGUGAACCAUUUUUAUCUCCGAAGGCUUUGCAGAAAGCAGAAAAAUUAGAAAAACAGAACUGGCUGAAAAAGGACAAAAUUUUGGCUGAUUUAGACACCAUGAAACACAAAAUGAGACAGUUAAAAGGGCGGCGAGUAGCAGCAUGUCAGCCAGCCGCCAUGGUUCCCAACAAAAGCCCUGUGCAGCCGGUGGUGGUGGAAGGAGGCUGGACUGAGCAGACUCAAGAGGAAAUUAAACUCAUGGAACUCAUAAGACAUACAGAGGCGCACCUUUCUGCAGUUCAAGAACUGCAAUCCAAGAGAAAUUCUCCAGUUGAAACUAAAAGUAUAGCACGCAGGCAGAGCAGCCUGUAUAAGCAACCGAACACAAAACGAGUGUGGAUUUAUCUAAAUGGAGGCCGUCCUGAAGAUGGCACUUAUGCUUGGGGCAAAACCAUUUCAGAGCUGCUGGAUGACUGCACCUCUCGUCUUAAAAUGGCCCACCCAGCCAGAACACUGUACACUCCAGAUGGAGAACCAAUUCACUCAUGGGAUGAUGUAGAGCGAGACAUGGUCAUCUGUGUGUCCACAGGACACGGCUUUAUAACCCAAAAGGAGUUAAAGCAACUGACGGAGGUCAGAGCAAAUUAUGCCAGAAUCCGAAGGCAGCAGGGCCCUGAAGCCACAAACAUUGUGGUGUCACAACCUGACAAGCUGCAAUUUCCGGAAAGAAAACUUUCUUCACCUAUUUGUAAACAGAAGACUAUGAUGGAAAGGUCAAUUAUUUAGAAUGUUGAAGACUCGAAUUUAGGAAAAUCCUCUUCUACAAAAGAAAUUUGUGUGGUUCACUUAGAAAAGUAGUCCUAACAUUUAUCUUUCAAAAUAACUGGAUUUUUCACUGAUUUUGAAGAAUUACCAACGCUGAUAAAUCAGCUACAAAUUAUCUACAAAGUAAUAAGAGGACAUAUCAUAAUCAAAGGCAGCAUUAGCCAGAGACUUUAUAUUCUAGUAAAAUCUUGAAUAUAUGGUCUAGUUUUUCCAGUCUAUAGAGAGACCUGUUGGAAAAAGUUGCAUAACAUAUUGGACACAUGUUUUGUCUCCCCAACUAGAUGGAAAGUGCCUGGAGUGUAGAGACCCUUGUUUUUUAUUUACUUGGGACAAGGCUCUGCCCACAAGGACUCAGCAAUAAUGCCCAGCAGUCCCACUGCCAGAGCAAUGUUAUGGGGAGGUGGGGUGCAGCCAUCUCCCACUCUUGUGCUGGACCACAAACUGAAGUUACGACAGUACAGUGGGAAUAGAGGAUCUGCUUUAUAGAAUUUCAUUUCAGUCAGCUGUUCAGGAGCUACAUCCUCAGAGUCAAAUUAAACCGAAUUAUAGUUGGAUAGUCCUUUCUGCUUUUCAGAGGCAAGAAACACUUCUCAAAAUUGCACAAAUGAAAUAAAUGUGAUGGCAUCUUAUAUUCUUAAAGCAUAUCUUUGAUGAUUAUACAUUUUGGGUUAAAAUACAAAUUUGAAAAAUACAUCUUUUUUAAAAAAGAUUUCAUUCUUAAAUAAUUUCUACACCUAGUGUGGGGCUUGAAUUCACAACCCCGAGAUCAAAAGUCAUAUGCUCUAUCGACUGAGCCAGCCAGAUGCCCCGAAAACAAUCUUAAAAUGAUGUGAAAUUACUUAUAUACAAAUUGACAACAUUUAAAACCUCAGUAGACUUUGCAAAGGAGUUCUCAAACUGUUUUGGUCCAUAUUACUACCUCUGAGGAUUUUCUUAAAAAGCCGUAAACUUACAAAAUGCACAUACAAAACAAAACUUUUUUUUUUUCAUAUGAUUUCAUGGAGUUCUCAGACCUACCUGCAAAACAUCUGCGAAAUUUCAUGUAAAGAACUUCUGAUAUAAGGGAAGAUAUUUCUGAUUUCGAUCAUCUUUAAGGUUUAGGGGAUAUAGGAUCCCUACCUCUCAAUGGAAGAUUUCAAAAUACAGAUCAGAUGAAGCAAAUGCUAACGUUCACUGUGGUAGUGUUAUCUUGUUACAUUCAAAAACAAUACACCAUGAAGAUUUCUUAUCAUCUUUGAGUACGAUUUUUGCAUCUAUGGAUCUUAAAUGGGUAAAGGGAAGGAAAUAUAAACUUCAGCGUUGUUAAUUUGGGGCAUUCCUUGGAGAAAACACUUAUUACCUGGAAGAAAAAAGCUAAUUAAGUCGACAUUUCUUACAAUCACAAAGCCAUUUUACUUGCUACUCUUAGAGACAGAAGGGAAUACAUGCUGUUUCUCUUUUGUCUGUCAGGAGAAUAAUAGGGAACACUGGCGGGCCUCGCAGCCCUGAGCAGAAACUCUGGAGAGGAGUGAUGGAGUGGCCUCGAUGUCUGGAGCCUGCCUGGAAAUCACUGCUGCCUGGCCGCAGAGGAACAGGGUACCCUGGACUGGAACUCGCAGUGUCCCCACUGCUGCACUCUUAGUGCACUUACAUAGAAGAUGGUGAUGUUUCCAAACCUGCAGAUAACUCCCUGAUUAUUUUAUUCCAAGUCAUGUUACAACUAUACUUCAGCUAAUGUAGUCAAAACUAAGUGGACUCUCACUCAGAAAUGAUGUUAAAGUGCCUUUUAACUCUCUUUGAGGUAUUAUUUACAAACAUCCUUAAAAACUGUUAAGUUUUGAUCUGAAAAAUAUAUUGGAUUCUGACUUAACGUCACUGUCCUUGGCUGGAGCACUCAGAUUUGAAACGGACUGGGUUUAGGAGGCCAAGACACCCGCUGGAGCUGCUCAGUCUGUCCUCUGCUUUGUUCCCAGAGCCCAGCACGGUGCCUGGAACACAGUAGGUGCUCAUUAAAUCUUUGUUGAAUAUCAAAUGAGGAGCCGCCUUUCAAGCCUGGCUGUGCUGCUUACUACCCAUGGGACAUAUCUGUUUUCUCAACAGCGAAAUGAGAAUACUAAUAUUUCCUUCAACCCCCAAAAGUUGUUUUUAGAAUCAGAUGAGAUAAAGCACUGAAAAACAUUUUUCCUUUUUUUUUCCCCCUGAAGAAAGGACUAGUCUUUAAAUUAGGCAUAUGAUCUCUUGCAGAUAUAAAAGAAGUAAGUGCCAUUAUACUAUUGUAGGGGAAGGAAAGAGACUUAGAAUUCAAAAUCAACUAUUUUAUUUUGUAUAAUAUUUUGUAUGAUUUUGAUGCUGAAAUGAAGCAGGGGAGUGUUUGGAUGCUAGAAGGGAGAGACACCACAUCCUAGGCCUCAAUGCAUGAAAAUUGCAAGCUGUCUUUAAUCCAUGUGUACAACCUAAGGCAUUUCAGAACGGCCCUGUAGCCAGUAGGGAAGGGGUCACAUGACAUCCAUGUCAACUGGGGAGAAGGGACCUUCUGAUCUGCCAUAGGGGAUGGGGAGACAGAUGCUUCAGUUGAAAGUUAGCAAAGUUAUUUUAAAGAGCUGCUGAUAACAUACCUUUAUAUGAUUGUGGUUUACUCAAGGAUUCGAAAAGCAAGGAAUAACCCAGAUCUAAAGGAAAUUGGCAUCAUUUAUUUGGGUAAUAUAUUUAUGGAAUUUCUGUGAUAUGCUAACAUUGUUUUGGGGGCUGGAGCCAUAAUGUUGAAUGACAGAGUCUUAGCUCUCAUAGACCUUACUGACUCCAUGAAGGCACACGGUCAAUAAAAAAGGGAAACAAAAAAAUAAGUAGGAUAACAACUGGUGAUAAGCGUCAUGAAGGAAAGAACACUGGGUAGAUGGAUAGAAACUAGCUGGACAAAUUGAUAUUUAAAUGCACAUAGUUGUCAAAACAUAUUUGUUGAGUGAAUAAAUAAGUGAAUGGUGAUAUAAAAAAUAUUGCUUGCAGAGGAUAAUAACUGUAAUUUGCCACUUUGGGAAGCACUCUUAAAGAGUUUGGGGAAAAAACAGUAGACUUGGAGUUAGUAAAUAAGGAAUUAAUCCUGCUAUCCUCAACAAGCUGUGUAUCUGGGGAAAUUCACCUAUUCUCUCUGUGUCUUGAAUAUGGAAAUACCUCAUUCAGCAGGAGCCUUUCAACUUUUAGUUACACUGGCUUCUGACAGAGGCAGAGGGUAACAAAUUUUGAGAUAUCUUUUGAAAUGUUAUGUUAUCUCUCCUGGGGCCUCCGGAAAUUGUCAUCACUGCCACCACCCCCACCAUUGCCACCAGGAUUGUCAAGAGGGGAAGUGUAGUUCAAUGGGUAGGAACACAGUUGCCAGAGGCAAUAAAUGUUAGCUAGGAAGCUACCCUCCAUGUAUCAGGCACUAUGCUAGUUCCUUGCAUUUAUUAACCUGUUUAGUCCUCGAAAGUAUUUUUAGCUCCAUUUUGCAGAUCUGGAAACUGAGGCACUGAUGUCAAGUAAACUGCCUGAGGUCUCACAGCUAAGGAAGAGCAGAGCAAAGCCUAAUGCUGAAAGCAUGGGCACUAAAGCCCUAUACUAACCAUUGUCCAUUCACUCAUUCGGGAAGUAUUUAUUUAUUGAGUGCCUACUAAGUAUUUGUUUGAUCAAGUCCAGUUUGGCAUUAGAUAGCUAACCCUCCUUUGUGUCAAGAGAAAACAAAAUGCACAGGAGAGAGAGAGGAAAAAAAAAGAAGCACAAACAAAGUAUACCCUAUUUAUUCCUUUGAUUGAACACAGGAGAAACAACAUAUUUUUUGCUACCGCUCUCUGAGCUUCUGGAAUCUCUCCGUCUGCUCUCUGUUUGAACUUGGGCAAAUAUAAAACUUAUAUUUUCUUCUGUUCCCUGGGCUUACAGAAUCCCAAAGCAUUUGGUUUAGAUUAAAUCCGUUGACCGAGGCAUUAUAAUUCGGCUUCAACACAGAUGAUCCCAUCACCCGUCGCCUUAUCUAACCUAACUGCUUAUUACAGUAACAGAGUACACUAGUCUGGGGGGCAGGGGCAGGGCCAGGGGGAGAAGGUCACUCAGGUUUAGCAGCCACAUGUACACAGCAGGAUGGUGUCCUUUUAGAAUCAAGAGGGGUGGAUUCAUAAAAUUCAAUCAGGAGCAUGUGUGUGCAUUUAUACAAGCCCGUUUUUUUUUUUUUUUUUUGCCUGAAUCUAAAUUAUAGAGAUUUUAAUAGCUCCAGUAAUUAGACAAGUAUGCAGUCAACCCCAUUAUGUUCCUGUGUAAUAUCACACUCCCUAGGGCCCACCUUCCCUGCUUGCUGGGCUCCCUGCAUGGGCCCCCUUCCCCCUUAUUUUCUACCAUAGGGAAGCAGUUUUCUUUUCAAAGAGCUUACUGUUCACAUUGUUUUUGUUCCCUGGAUCCGGAGGUUGGAUUUGCUUUCUCAGGAGUUUCACCAUUGCGUGGCCCAAUUGAGUAAAAAAGGUCUGGUGGUUCAUUUGCAUUCCCCACCGUGCCUAGCGCAUGUGCUAGGUUGCACAGUGGAUGCCAUACAGUUGAGCGUGCACUUAGCACGGUGACUGGCAUAGGGUAGGCACUUCAAAAUUGUUUACAACUGAGUCUGUUUAAAAAUCUUUUCAUGGUUCAAUUAUUGACCUUAAAGAAAGCCGAAUAAAAUGUCUAGAUGCACUGUCUUAAAUCAUGGCCUCUUCUAGCUUCCUGAUUGCCUUUCAUUAUCUUCUCUCUUCUGUUUUGUAACUUUCUAUUAGCCAUAGAAAUAUUUCACUUCAUUAGCAUAGAUAAUCUCCCUGCAGGUGCUGAGGGCUACAUCUUGGGAGUUUUCUUACUGUGCUUCCUCUUAGCACUACAAAACAGAAAGCUAUCGUUUAUUUGAAAUUAAUAUGUGCUGUAUUACUAAAAUAAUGUAGUUUUCCUAAUCAAGAGAUGGACUUUUUUCAUCUACACACACAUACUCUCUCCUAGAGGCUGUCAGAGAGCAGUGUUUAUUAUUACUAAUUUUUUUUUUCCAUGAAGAUAUUCCCAGAGAAAGAUGUCUGGAAUUUCGUCUCCUGAGGUCACCUUUCCUAUUCAGUCCCACCCUCCUUUCCCCAAAAAGAAAGAAAAAUUUAAAUUAACUAUUGUUCCUUCGUGAGGAUCUGACAUUUGUCCCCUGAAAGCAGUUCUACAGGUCUAUGAAGUUGGCCUCCAGACUACCUAGAAAAGGAAAAAAACAGCAUAAAAUCAAAUGUUUAAGUCACUCUUGAAAUUGAAUUCCUUGUAAUUGGCAAACUGACCGUUUUUUGUUGUUGUUGUUUCUCUCUCUCUCUCUCUCUCUCUCUCUAGAGUGGGUAUGGGACAGACAGCAACAGUGUCAGGGCAGCAGCAGGAGACUUGAAAGUCAGAGAUGUUUUCUUAAGCCUCUGUCUCAAAUCUUUUCUACAGAGACAGAUAAAAGGAUAAUGAGCUGAGGUAUUUUUAAAGGAUUCUCACAAUUUACAACUCAAAUAAAUCUAGUUUUAAAAUUUGGUGCUUUCAGGCUCUAAUGACUGCAAAUGUUAAACUAAAUAUUUUGCUUAAACAAGUAAAGACAGAGCGGGUAUGGGAGCAAAUUAGAAUGCAGGAAAGCUGCCUCUGCCGUGGCAGUUUCCUCUAGAAGAGAAUGGCUAAUUCAUACACAACAUAUUCUUGUCACUCCUCGGGAGAAAAGCAGCCCUGGGAGGAGCCCAACCGUUCAGCAUUUUGCUUCUGGUCAGGAUUGAUUCCAGAUGUGGGAGGUAAAUGCUAGAAAGGGUUUGGAAAAUGGAGUGGAAA